AGUCCAGUUCUGUUCAUUCUUAUUCUUCAGUCAGUUUCACGUUGAUGUAAACAUUCUUUUCAAAAUGAAUCAAAUCGGUUUGUUGAGUCUUACUUUGGUUCUGUUUCAGUGCGUUAUUUUUUUGGAUCAGCCUGCUGAAACGGCCGCUCAGGAACCAGCGUUUGAGUUGCCAGUGGAGUUGAUUGGUUUUCCUGUCAUUAUUGUGGCUGUCAGGCUGUCAAAUUUUGUUAAAAAAUUAGCGUAUUCUUUAAAUCCAAGCACCUACAGACGGACACGUCGUGCCAUUUCAUCGGACGAAAUGAUCAACAUGAUAGAAGCCGAGAAGAGAUUAGUUUCGGAAUUGGGUGAAAAUGUCUGCAUUUAUCCGAAAGUUUGUUUACAUCACGCAGAAAAAGCGAGCAAAUCCAAAGGACGACAGGAAAUAGCCAUUGAUUGGGACGAGGUUUUCAGGAAUUACAAAGCUUCUCCUGAAAAGAACAAGGAAUUUUACCUUCUCAGCGUCUUCUUAGGUGAUUUUAUUCAGUCUCCAAAAUUCUGUAAUCAGUUAGUGAAACGAGGUCGAGCCUGUAAGGAUGAAAUAGGAUCAAGUAGUAAAUUAUCAUCAUCAUAAAAUUUUUUGCAUAAUGAAGAAUGAAAUUAUUUGUAAGGUAUCUGACGAACGCUACAGAAAAAAAAUGGUUUUAAACCAGAUUAGAAAAAUAUAAACUUAUUUGCCAUAGAUCCAUCUAUAACUGUACACACAUUCAUAAUCCCGUGAAGAUUGUUAAAAAAUGUGUGAUAAUGAAUUUAAGUGAUUCACGCCAUUUAUUAUAGCAGUAAAUAAUGUACUUAGAUUGUUAUCACUGAAAACAUUAAUAUUUUCAUACCAUUCAUACCAUUUACAGUGCAAUGCAAUUUUUGGUGAUUUGAUUACAGAUUGAUCAUCAAUUUUAUUUUUGUUUUUAGGCGUGUUUUAGUCCGUUUUACUUUACUUUUUGUUCUUUCAGAAUGGGUCAGAUUUUUUAUUUUUUCGUCUACUAAGACGCAUAUUAUUAUCCAUGUGUCACCAAAUAUCCUCAUUACAUGACCAGCCUAUUAAAAACUCUACAAGUCUAAUGUAUUCUGAGAUACCCUUUGAAUAGACUUUAAAGUUCAUGGUUAUACCUAGAUAUUUAUAGAGAAUUGGAUUCGAAAUCCGAUAUUUAUAUAUAUAUAUAUAUAUAUAUAUAUAUAUAUAUAUAUAUAUAUAUAUAUAUAUAUAUAUAUAUAUAUAUAUAUAUAUAUAUAUAUAUUAUCCUAUUUUCGGUAUUUGGUCCAAAGAUAUUCAUUAGAAUUUUUCUUUUCAUAACUUCUCGUUUUUAUUUAAUGACAGAAUUGAAGACCAAACUAUUUUAUAUGCAGCUACAAAGACUAUAGUUAAAAAAGCAGAAAAAUUAAAGAGCAGAAUGGUAUAAUUAUAAAUGUAAAUGGAUCAUACCAGAAAAAACGAAGCAUACCAGAAAUAUAUGGAAUGAAAAACUGAUCUGGACGAAGAUCAGAUAAAAUAUACAGAAUAUAAAAAAGAGAAUUCAAAACUGCUAAGAUAUAGAAAAUGGAAUAGAAAUUUUAAAGUAACGUUCCUAAGUAAAGCACUUAAAUAUUGAACGAACUAUAUGGCCCUUAGAAGUUAAGGAAAAGAAUGGCAGAGGAAAACCAAGGAGGAGAUAGAAGGGCUGUGUAACAGAGGAGUUGACAGAUAAAAGCUUAAAUAAAGAAGACACGAUGGACAGAUGUGAGUGGUGAGUAAGAGUAAGGUAUAGCGAUCCCUGAAAAGAGAAAAGCUAUAAGGAGACAGAAAAAGAGGAAUAAAGAAUUGAGGAUGUCCUUGUACAUCGUCCCAUCAAGUUUACACUGUAUGUGUACAUCACAAUCUGCUUAGACUUGUCAAACAAUAUAUUGUUUGAGUUUACAAACAUUUUUUCUUAUAACAUAUUCCAUACAUUUAUAAACAGAAUCCCAUGUGUUAGCUCCUUAGUUAUCUGGAAGGGAUCUGUCAAUUCGUUCUUGACUCGUAAAUUUAUAUUCUAUGUGAGUAACUCGUAAAGUUAUAUUCUAUUUAAAUUUAUAUUCUAUGUGAGUAAUGGUGGCUUGAACUAAUCUUACCAAUCUCCUUGAAUUACCAAAUUCUCGCAUAAUUAAGUAUAUUUUAUAUCUGUUUAUGUUGUCAUAGGCUUGUCGAAAAUCUACAAAGGCUUGGUAGAUAUCCAUAUCGUGUUUUCAGAAUUUAGCUAAUAUUUAUUUUACGUUGCAUAACUGGUCAAUAGUAGACCGUCUUGAUCUAAAUGCGGCCUGUUGUUCCCCUUUGAUUUGAUCUGUGAAGUGACUCAAUCACCAUCUUUAUGAUGCACAUCAACAUCUUAUAUCUCAAACAGGAUAAGGAUAUACCUCUGUCGAUUAUGAAGCUGAAUUUUUUAUAUGAUAACAAAUAAGUAUCCCCAGUUUACCAAAUUAGAAAAGCGUUCGUUAGUACCUCGGGUAUAUUAUGAGCAAUAUACUUAUUUUACUCCAGGAAGAUAUGAAAAAUUUAAUCGUGCUCAGGAGUCCACAACAGGUAUUUGAUGAGUUUUUCCCAUCAUAUAUAUAGAAAUAUAAUACGACAACCUAUAUAACUUUUGCAGAAAUUUCGACGUAGUUUUUAAUUAUUAACAAUUUAGUGCAAAAAUUUGAUUUCUUUUAAUUUAACUUACCGUUAGAGAGGUCUCUAAACAUAUUAAUAUUUAAAUAUUUUAUAUGUUAUUUUAUAAAUAUUUCAUAUUUUAUAUCGAGAUAGAAAAAAUUUGUUAAUCCAAAAACAACAAAAUAAUACAAAAACGGUAAUUGUUUAUAACUUUUGAAAAAAAAACAUUAUUACAGAUCAACUUCAACUAGUAGCAUAUGCAGAUGAUCUAGUCAUCAUAGCGAAGACGAAGAUGAUACUUAUUAAAGUAGUUGAAAAAUUAGAUAAUAAAGUGAAGAGAAUAGGGCUACAGAUAAACCAGCACGAAACAAAAUACUUGGCGAUAGGGAAGAAUGACACAACAAAUCAGAAAUAUCUAUUAACACAGAUCUAAUAGCGAAAACAAAUAGGGAGUAACAAUAGGGAAAACCGGAAAAAAGAGAACAGAGGAAAGAAUUCUGAAGGGCAAAAAAAUAUGGACUGAAUAAAAAUCUGCUGAGAAGCAAGACCCUAAGUAAGAGAACCAAGAUGAACCUAUAUAAAACAGUAAUAAGACCUGUUGUUACAUAUGGGAUGGAAACAACAACGAUUAACAAGAAAAAGGAAGAUAGCCAUCUGAAAUUAAUUUAAAAGAAAAAUUAUGAAAACAAUACUGGGCCACAAUGUAACAAGACAGAGAAAAAUACGAAUGAAAACAAAUGCCGAAAGGGAAGAAAAAUUAAAGAGAGAAAAUAUAAUCAGAUACAUAAAAUCGCUUCGCUUAGAAUGGAUAGGAUAUAUACAGAGACGCCCACAGUCAGAUAUGUUAAGAAGGAUAACUAACUGAACACCACUAUGGCCUAGGUGUAGAUGAAGACCCAGAAGAAGAUGGCUGGAUGAUGUAGAAGAACACACAAGAGCAAUGAAUGUGAAAGACUGGAAAGUUCAGUGCAAGGACAGGAAGAAGUGAAAAAGAGUCACGACAGCAGCAAAGACACACAUGGCGUUAGCUAUAAUCCCUAGGGAUUGUAAUGCCUAAUGAAUUAAUGAAAAUUCAACUUACACAUUUGUGAUUUCUCUCAAAUGGGAGUAUUCUAGAGCUUCUUGUAGAGAACAAACCUUCAAAAUUUCAGCUCAAUAUAGGUUUGCUCACUAUACCUUUUAAGAGAAAAUCUCACCAAAUAUUGGUCUUACAAAAUAUCAUGAACCUGGGUUCAGGGCCCCCGCUACCAUAUGUGCAAAGUGUGCAAUGCACACGGGCGCCAUCCUUUAGGGGCGCCAAAACCCAGGGCCAAAAAUUGAAAAAACAAAUUGGCAAAAAACAAUUUUACAACAAAAUUCGAGAAAUUAAAUAGAAUUCGGUAAAAAAAAACAAAGAUUGUAACAACUGCAUUUUUACCAAAUCUACUGUAUUUACCUCUGUUGUAUGAAAAUGUCCUGAUGGGUCCCUGGACGAGAAGUGUGUGUCCCAGUUAAUGUCCCUUUUGUCAUAAUUAUUGAUUUUUCUUUCGGAUAUUCGCUUAGGGUAGUUAGGAUUAUUUAGGUUAGUUAGGGCUAAAAUAUAUAACUUGUGACUGGCUGAAUCACUAAUGUGUAUGCCAAAAAAAAACUUUAUUUACCUCAAAUAAUGUAAUACAUACUCCAUACGUUUUUGACAACUGUUGUCACCUAAACUCUGCCAUGUAAGGUUCUACCUGCAAUUUUCCAACCAAUAUGGUUGAUGUCAUGUGAUGCCAGGGGUUAAUCUGGAAAUAUUUUUAACAUCCUUCAAAAUCAGAUAAUAUAAUGUAACCCCAACUGUUUAAAAUCAAUUUAAGGGUUUUUACCCGUACAUUUUGGUGCUUAAAGCAUGUAAACCUGUGAUAACACUGAUGAUCGAAUAUUGAUUCCGAAAACGUUUUGUUGUAAUACAGCCCUUUUUAGGGAUUUUAAAUACAUACACCUUUUACAAAAUAAGGUUUUAAUUUUUUACUUUUUUCAUAUUACAGUUUUCGCAGUCUUGCCAUCUCUUCUAGUGCUUUACUAUUGCAUGGUGUACAUUUUGAUUUAAGAAAAAAAAAUAUGAAAAAAAAUUGAUUUUGAUUUAAGAAAUGUAUGAAGAAAUUACAGAAAAUGUACAAGGUAUGUAUCAAAUGUUGAAAUAAAUUCAAAAAAUUUGUCUAUCAUAUCUUUUUUUAAACAUGACGAUAUAUUUUAGUGUUUGAAAAGUGUAAGACUAAAACGUAAAAAAUAAAAAAAAAAUAUGAAAACAAUUUUUAAGAAACGCUUUUCGUUAGUUACGUGCGACUAAAAUUAAAAAUAUUAUAAAAAAAUUAACUAAAAAAUGCAAAAAAUAAAAAACUUAAAAUCGAAGGAUUAUUAGAAAAAAACUGUUAAACCGAUUACAUAUAAAAAAAUCUCACACAUUCGUUAAAAAAUUGAAAAACAGCUAACACAUUCGUUAAAGAAAAGCGUGGGGCGCUUUUCUUUAACGAAUGACCUCAAACCGUUUAUUCGAUGAAAACGCGCCCCACGGUUCUCUUUAACGAAUGUGUUGAUUUUUAAAAUUUUUAACGAGUGUGUGAGAUUUUUGUAUAUUUAAUCGGACUAACAGUUUUUUCAAAUAAUCCUUCGAUUUUAAGUUUUUUUAUUUUUUGCAUUUUAGUUAAUUUUUUUAUAAUAUUUUUAAUUUUAGUCACACGUAACUAAAGAAAAGCGUUUCUUAAAAUUUUUUUAAAAUUUUUUUUACCGUGAACGUGAUACCGUGUAAUUUUCGGGGUCACCACCGAAUUGCAUGAAAAUGUGGAUUUAGGUUCUGCUUCCCUUCACUUCAAAGUUGGACUUUGCCGAUAGUCGCUUUUGCUUGGGGAGUGAAAGUUACCCCUUCUCGGGGUUGAAAAAAUAUAGGUUUAAAAUAAGUCCGGAAAUGGAUAAACUGACUAAUUCUAAACAACUUUUAUUCUAUAGAGUUUUGUAACUAAAUCAAUAAUUUUCGAGUUAUUUGCGAGUGAAAAUGUUUAUUUUUUCAACAAAAAACACGUUUUUAGGCAAGUUUUCACCGUUUUUAGGCGGCAAAUAACUCAAAAACUAAGUACUUUAUCGAAAAAUAUUGUUAUCAAAAAUGUAGCUGAAAAAAAUGGUAUGUUAAUGAAGUCUAUAGACCUAGUAAAACCAAAAUUGAAGGUCAUGAAAAAUACGUUCGUAUUCGUCAAAUGAAUUCCAAAUCGAAUAUUUCUACUUGAAAUAUCCUAAAAAUGAAGCACUUUUCGGGGAAAACUCAUUAAAACUUAUUAUGACUUCUAAAGUUCAGUUUUUUGCCUUACUUUCAAAGAAAUCAUAGAAAUAAAUAAAUAAGUACGAACCAAAAUGCCUUAAGGGGCGCCAAAAUUCUUUUUUGUACACAGGCGCCAGUAGCCCUUACGGGGGCCCUGCCUGGGUUACUCAUUUGGUGACAUCAAUCUACGAACGAACCUAUGAAAUCCGACAUUACUGAAAUCAUUUUUAUCUCUAUCUCAGUGCGUUUUCAUAGCAAGACAGAGUAAAACUAUUUUUUUGCGCUAGUAAAAUAGUUAUAGUAAUUAUUGUUUUUCUUCUGGCAUUCGUUUUUAAUACUUUUUAUUGAAUUCAGUAUAAAAUUAAAAUAUUUAACAUUUUUAGAUUAAUUUUUUCGGGCAUGCGUAUUUCUACGUUUCAUGAAGUUUUGAUCCAUUCCUACCUGGCUAUUGUGAAUUCCUGAUACACAUUUAUUUUCCUGGUCUAUUUUAGAUAAGUUUUAGAUUACUAUGUAUACACAGAUCAAAAAAUAUUACAGGCAUUUAGUCACUUUUGAUAUCUUUUGAUCAAUCGUUACUGAUUUUGGAGCAGAUAUUUUGAGUUGUCAUAAACAUAUUUAGGCCAUUUUUUAAUAUUAAUUAUGGUACUUUUUUAUAAAAAUAUUUGUUACAAAUUUAGUUUCGUUAAUUUACUAGUCAAUCUCUAUAAAAAUAUUAUUGUAGGAUAAGUAGGUAUAUGACAAAUGUAUAAAUUGCGUUUCAUAUUUUAUAAUUUAUUAUUAAAAAUAAACAAG